AACUUUUAUGAAACAGGCCCCUGAUUCUAAAAAAACAUCAAUGACUGCUUCCAGCUUUAUUCUCAACAAAAUUCUUGGAUUUUCUAAAUACAUUUUUCAAUUCAGUAUUUAAGUUUAUUCACUUUCUAUCUGCUACUUUUCAAUAUUUUAAAAGUCAUCUGUUUAAUAAAAUAUAGAAUCAAAUUCUCUCAGUAGGUAUCAUAAAUUCAAUUGGCAAAUAGACGUCAUCCAGCAAGAAGAUAAAUAUUUUUGUUUUUGUACGCUAUUUUUAAAAUUAUAAAUAUUUAUAUAUUCCAAUAAUGAAGAAGAGAGAAACCAAUUCACAUGAUCAUAACUGGCAUUCGUCAGAAUUCGAAGAAGAUGUAAAUAUACCUCAUCAUAAAUUCCAUUGGGACCCCAAGCAACUACAAUCAGAAAUGCCCUAUCUGUCAGAGAGAUUCUCAUCAAAUUUUGAAACCAGCACAGCACUAGAUGAGCUCAGAGAUACUGUCAACAAAAUAAUGGCCACUGGAAAGAGCAUAUUGAAUUGUGACGACUCGGUCAAGCUUGGAGAUCUUCUAGUGCGAUGUGGACUUCACAACAAUGAGGAGAAUAGACGCAGAUUCAGAAACGUACUAUUCAACCCGCAAACAUUGUACGAAGACUCCUUGGGCUCCUAUGUCUCAUUGGUCGUUCUGGGCCAUGAAGCUCUCUUCCAAAAAUCAGGGGAUGGUCAACUUCUCAGGGAUAUCCUCACCAAUCAGGGCAUACUGUUUGCAAUCCAGGUGGACAAAGGAUCAGCGCCUAUGUACAACAGUAGCACGGCCAGCAGAAAUGAGCGCGAGAUGAUCGUUGAAGGCCUGGAUGACCUUGACAAACGGUGCUUGGCCUAUAGGAAGGCAGGCUGCAGUGCCACCAAGGUCACAGCUGUUUUCAGGGUGGGCGCCGAGCGACCUAGCACCAGGGCCAUUCAGGACAAUGUGAGAGCACUGGCUAGAUUCGCGUCUGUGUGUCAAGCUUACUGUCUGGUGCCUAUCAUUGCUUGCGAAUUGGCAAGCAGCGGCGACAACGACGUGGACAAGACAGAGAGAGCAAUGGAGCUGAUCCUUGUGGAGCUAAUGGUAGCCCUGGCUGACCAAGAGGUGUUACUUGAGGCCACUCUAGUUGCCCCCAACAUGUGCACGCCUGGGAGAGACUGCACCACUCAUGCAAGUGUCACUGCGAUGGCUUGUGCGUCUGUCCUCACCAUACGUCGCACCAUCCCUCCUGCUGUGGCUGGUAUUGCUUUCCUUACUACUGGUCAAGAUCUUGAGGAAGGCUGUGUAAAUCUGGAUGCAAUUAGCAAUGUUAAAGUUUGCAAGCCUUGGCCAAUCACAUCGAUAUCAGGAGAAGCUCUACUGAACGCUGUUAUGUCAGUAUGGAACGGACAUGAUUCGUCGGCAGAUAAAGCCCGAAAUGAACUUAUGAAAUGGGCCAUGAUUACCAGCCUAGCAGUCAGAGGAGUUUUCAUAAAUGUCGAAGAAGAAUCUCGAACAGAGAGUAAUACUGAAACUUCAGCGCAAGUAUAAAUGAAAUAUCUUCUUUGUUUAUGAAAUAUUCUUUUCGGAUAAUAUCUCAAGCGUUUGUGGACAGCAAAUAAAAACUUGUCUGAAAUGCAACGUUUUUUAUAUGUCUUCACUUUAACGUAAAUAGAUUGUAAACAGCAAAUAUAAAACUUGUCUGG